UCUUCGGUUGCCCAGGCAACCUCGGUGGUCCUCUGGUCCAAGGUAGAUGGAGCAACGGAGUAGAGACGGAUAGAGAAGCUCAGUCAGGUGCAUAUCGAGUUGCCAGGGAGAAUAUAAUCAACUAUAGCAGGUGGCAGCUGGAAACGGAAACUUUGUCUAGCUGGAGAUAUCGAAACUUAAAUACUAGGCAAAAUGAGCAACAGAGUAAGACAAAGACGCCGCAGGACGUCUCGUAGCGCCGAUAGUAUGCAUCCACCAGAGCCAAAGAUUUCGUACUGGCCCUUCUGGCGUGUGGUCUACUGGUUGGUUGUCUUCAUAGUCGUGGUCAGCUUGUGCGUGGCCUUAUACUUCACCAUAAAUUCGGACAUGGGCCAAUGCCACUCGUACGACGUCCGGUGCGAGUGAGUGGAACAGUCGAAGAAAAUGAUCAACUGCUUAAGUCUCUAUACGCAAACACCAUACCAUAGUUUGUUAAACAUUUUUAUACCGUUCUAAAUUUAUGUACAAUAUUAAUUAAAUCUGGUGACGCUGUAAGAAGACUA